UGUCAGAUGAGAGCAAAAGAUCUUGCUGGCACGACCCAAUUCCUGACCAGGCGCUGUUACAAGUAGAUUUACAAGAGGAGGGAAUUGAUUACGAACAGUGUAAGCGGCGAUGUGAGACGGAGCAGUAUUUCAACUGCCUCGGGUUCACUCAUCAUUGUCCGUUGGAAAAGAACGAUGGAAAGACCUUAUGUCAGUUGCACAGUGACGACAGAAUCAGUGCCGGCCCGCUUGCUCUCCGCUACUCACAGUGUGCAUCCUAUACCGAACGCCUUCCAUGCAUUGACUUAACUGUUUCUUGCUCCCAGAGACUCAUGUCUAUUACUUUACAUUCGAAAGGAUUUAACGGUCGACUUUUCGCCUUGGGUCACUCUGAUUCGUGUGGUGUUUCUGGCCGAAAUCAGAUUAAGACAAUUUUGCCAAUCCCAUUGACGCAAUCGACCAACAUGUGCGGGGUUAUCAUCGCGUACUCUUCCGGGGAGUACAAUCGGACCGUCGCUAGUGCCAUAGUAGUUGUCCAAAGACAUCCAAUCAUUCAAACUGCAGGUGACAGGGUCGUUAAGGUGUCUUGUGCCAUUCCCGAUGAUACUACACCGUACAACUAUCCGAGGCCCUCCUUCAACAACAUCACGCUGGACACUAGUUUUGGAGUUUCCGAUCCAGGGGGCACUAACGGGCUGUACAGCGAGACAAUCAGCAACAUUAGCAGCACUCCACCAACUUAUCAGUCUCCACCGAUCGCGAGACUCAGAGUUCGAGAUUUAUCUCAAGGAGGCGAAGAUGCGACUGAAACCAUGCUAGGAGAUGAUCUGGAGUUCAGGGUUGAUAUUGAUCCUCCUUACAAUGUAUCAGUGCUGAAAGCCGGUCAUCUGGUGGCGAGCUCUGGGGACGCCCGUGACUCUCUUCUACUCCUCGAUUGGCGGGGGUGCCCCCCCGAACCCCAAACGUUCCCGGCGCUCACCCCUGAAGGACCUAACUCCUUGGUCGCCGUAUUCAAGGCCUUCAGGUUUCCAUCGUCGCCGAUCUUGAGGUUCAGCCUUGUUCUCACACCGUGCGAGAAGAACUGCCAGCCUGUUUACUGCGGUAAUGGUGUAUCCUCUUUGGGUCGGACGAAGCGUGCAACCCUUCAGAUGCAAGAAAUCCCUCUACAGCUCUCGAUCAUUGUUAGACCUCUUGAUAUCAACGAAACAGCGAACACGACGGACACGUCCCGACAGCUUCACUCAGGUACAAAAAGUGGAUUCGGCCUUUUUAAACCUUAUUAUAACCAUUAAUGGUGAGACAACAUUGUAAAACUGAGACAAAAAUCAAAUUUUCAAAGACUGCAAAAUUCAGACGACCAUUUUGUUGUUGGUAAUUGCCAUAUUUCUACCGGGAAGACUGAUUUUUUUUUUUUUACCUUUUGGUUGGGUGCCUGAGAUUCAUGAAAAAUAGAAAAGUGGAUCGAAGAACAGAAAUUAAUAAAAUCGUUGGUGUGACGAGACGAUAAUAAUAUUGAAGCUUAGAAUAUGACUGACAGGAAAUGGAUCGGAUUCAAAUUCAUAUAAUUUUAUAUAAAAUCCAAUAGGAAUUUUUCAUUACCAUUUACUCAAAAACAAAAAAUUGGAAAUGUAGAACCAACGUGCGUUAUUAU